AUGGGGAGUUCUUGUUUUCAGCACUCUCCAUUCUGCCACUCUCGCUGCACCCCCUACUCUUGGCAAUGUUGUUUCCAGCCUCCAUUAUCGUUUUCUCCCUUGAGAAAUGCUCCCAACCGGAGAGCAAUAGUUUCUUGUUCUCAGCAAGAAAAUCCCAAAGACUGCAAUUCUUGCGCGAGGAGAGCGGCUGUCUUCACUGGUUUUGCAUUGCUUCCGCUUCUUAACUCGAGGGUAGAUGCAAUGAAAGGGUUUGCUGCAGAAAAUGAUGAACCCGGGGCUGAAGACCAGAAACAGAAAACAAAGGGAAGUUCAUCUCGGAACCCCUUUUGUUCACUUCUCAAUGAACUUGGGGUUUUUUGUUCGGGAGUGGUUGCCGGUCUAUAUGCUUCAAGAAACAAAGGAAAUGUCAUUUCGGAUGCAAUUAUAGAAUCUAUGAAUAAUAAACUCAAGGAAAAGGAGGCUGCUAUUGCUUCUCUGGAGAAAAAGUUUGAGAUGGAGCUAUUGAAUGAGAAGGACGUCCAAAACAAGGAACUUGCAAAAGCUAAUUUGGAGCGGCAGUCUUUAGUUGAUCGAUUGAAUCUUGCACGUCAUGUGAUAACAAGGAUGGGACAGGCACUGGAGAAAGAGAAAAGUUUGUAUAAAGAGCUAACUAUCCAAGCUCAUGAUCUUGAAAACAGCCUCAAAGAGGCUGGGAAUGAGAAAAGGGAGCUCCAAGAACAGUUGAAAAAGAAGAUAGAUUCUGUAGCAGUCUCUCAAGAAAGGUUUAACUUGCUUGCUUCAGAAAUCAAGGAUAAAGAGGCUGAUCUUCGGUACGCUAGUUGGGCGAUUGCUGAGAAAGAUAGAGAGGUCGACCAACUGAGCAUUGCAUAUCGGCAAUCCCUGGUUCAGCUAACUAGUUUGAAUGCAGAGAUAAAACAAUUGAAAGAUGUACUCCUGAAAAAUGAAAAGGAGCUGCAACCGCGGAACGAAACGGUCCUUAAACUGGAAGCCGAGUUAACUUCUUCUCUUGCCAAGAUAGAUGAAGCCACCAAGAAUCUUGAUGCCGUACAGAAGGAAUAUGACGAGUUCAAGUCCUCCAUGGAAAAGAAGUCCGCUUCAGAUGCGACACUUUUGGGAGAAAAAGACGAAACAAUUCACCAGCUUGAGGAACAGCUUAAGCUUGCACUCAAGGAACUGAACAUUAACAAAGUGUUGAUUUCUGAUUUGACCUCGGAGAAAGACAAUUUAAAAGAAUCGCUGAAUGUAGAAUUGGGAAAUGUUGAAAAUCUAUAUCAGGACCUUAAGAUCACGCAGGAUGCUUUGGAGAAAUCAAGAGGUGAAGCCUGUGAUCUGGCAGAAGAACUGCAGCAGUCAAGAUACUUGUGCUUGGACCUUGAAGCAGAGAUCGGAAACAUUCAUGACCAGUUUACACAAGCUAUAGAAUUGUUACAGCAGAAUAGUGAUGAAGCCAAACAAAGGGUGACAGUCUUAGCUGAAGAACUAAGGGUGGCAACAGAGCUCCUGAGUGAAUCAAAUGAAAAGCUGAAAAUUACGUCCCAAGAACUGGCUGCAGCAGUGCAAAAAUGUGAUAGCUUAGAAAAAGAACUUGUCGACGCCCAUGAGAAAGCAGAAAGUGCUGCCCUUGUGCUGAAACAAGAGAAGCUUAUUAUAUCUUCUUUGAACAAAGACUUAAUGGCCCUGGAGACCCAGAUUUCCAAGGACAAUGAAGCACGAAAAAGUCUUGAAGCAGAUGUAGAAGAGGCUACUAAAUCACUUGAUGAGAUGAAUAAACAUGCACUGGUCAUUUCCGAAGAGUUAGAGCUUGCUAAUAAUCAGAUUUUAAGCCUGGAAGAUGAGAAAGCUGAACUCUACAGGUCCCUUAUUCAGCUAAAAAGAGCACAUCAGGUAGCGCUGGAGAACUUAGAAGACGCCCACAACCUUAUAGUGAGACUUGGAAACGAAAGGGAGAGUUUGCAGAAAAGAGGAGAGAAACUAGAAGAAGUUUUGGCAUCUGCAAAGGGUGAAAUAUUGCAGCUGAGGAGCCAAAUUAAUGAUGAAAACCAAAGCUGAUCAUCCCACAAGGAAAGUUACUCGGAGGAGAAAGGCUAAUCCUCAGCAAAAAGAUCCAUAGCAUGUAAAUACCAUGCUCGCCACCCCACUAAUCCACUCACAUUGACUGAUUACAAGCCGUGAAACUGGCUUCCAUUGUAUUUUUCAUACUAACAUCGAUGGGAAAAGGGAAAAUAUUGUUAGAAUUAGGAUUGUUUCUUUUUGCGGUAGUUGUACUUUCAUGCUAUGAUGAGUGUAUAUUCAGGGUGAUUGCUUAGUAUUGUAUCCUGUAAUGUAGUUUACUGCAGAACAUAAGCAGCUUAUACAAUUCAUAG